ACAGGAAUAAAAACUGUUCUCAUUUUCAGCAAGACUCCAAAUUCUGACAGAUUACACAUUCCUGCUUUUGAAGAAAAAGAUCUAUGAAGAAAAAACAAUGCUGAAGGAGUUCCAGAUCUCCCUUUCAAUCUUUUUUCUGUUCACUUGUGGAUUCCUGUAUGAAAUGACGCUGAAACCCAGAUGCUUCUUUUCCUGCACACCUGCAUACAAGGCCAUGAUGAAACCUGAGGACAUUUUGAGACAUAGAAGAAACAUUGUAUUCCUGGAGACCACUAAUCGCCUGGAACCUUCUCCCUUAGUUUCAUGUGCUGUUGAGUCUGCAGCUAGAAUAUAUCCAGAAAGGUCUAUUAUUUUUUUAAUGAAAGGACUGGAUAAUAAUUCUACCCAUUUGCCAUUAAAUGCUAGCUACCCGGGCUUCUCCCUCUUGUCAGCAAUUGAGAAUGUCUUCUUUUUCCCUCUUGUUAUGGAAACAUUGCUGCAAGAGACACCCCUUUUCUCGUGGUAUACUCAAAUCAAUUCCAGUGUGGAAAAGAACUGGAUCCACAUCAGCUCAGAUGCUUGUAGGCUUGCUUUCAUCUGGAGAUAUGGUGGGAUCUACAUGGACACUGACAUAAUUUCCAUCAGACCCGUUCCAGAGGAUAAUUUUCUGGCAGCACAGACUUCUAAAUUCUCUAGCAAUGGGGUUUUUGGGUUCCACCAUCAUCACUCUUUCAUUUGGGACUGUAUGGAAAAUUUUAUUGAGCACUAUAAUGGGAAAAUUUGGGGCAACCAGGGUCCUGGAUUAAUGACAAGAAUGCUGCGGCUAUCAUGUAAUCUUACAGAUUUUCGUGAGGUAAAAGACCUCAGGUGUCCAAACUUAUCCUUUUUACAUCCCCAGCGGUUUUAUCCCAUUGCAUAUCUGAAAUGGAAACGUUACUAUGAAGUUUGGGAUAUAGAACCAAGUUUCAAUGACUCUUAUGCCUUGCAUUUAUGGAACUACAUGAACCAGGAGAAGAAAGCUGUGAUUAGAGGGAGCAACACAUUGGCAGAAAAUCUUUAUCGAAAGUACUGCCCAAUAACUUACAAGAAUCUCAUUCAAGGCAAAGAGAAAAUGGAUCAAGGAGAACCAAAGGACACUCUUUCCCCCACCCCCCACUAAAUAACAAUAUAGUUUCAAUUCCUGUGGUUUAACAAAUACAUUAAAUACUGCCUUUAUUUAAAAUACUUAUUACUUUUUUUUUCAAGUAUUGUUAUCUUGUCCAGACUGGAAGAGAAGCAGCCACUCAUGGCCCAAACCCAAUGCUGUUUCAGUGGUCAUCCAAUUUAUGUUUGAUGAGCUCCAAUGAAGGGGAACUCACUACCUCCAGGGGCAGUACAUUACAUUCCUUUUUAAUGGCACAAUAGCAUUCCACUAUAUUGUUAUGCCACCAUUUAUUUGGGCAUUCCCCAAUCAUUAAACUUAAACAGUAGGAUGCAGUAGAAAGAAUGUUGAGUUUUGAGUCAGAGGACCUGGAUUUGGAACACUUAGCUGAUUUCUACCUAUGUGAACCCGAACAAGUCACAGCCUUUCUGAGCCUUAAGUUUCUCAUCUGUAAAAAGAGAGUAUUGGAUUGGAAGAUGUCAAAGACCUCUUCCAGCUCUAAAUUUAUAAUCCAAAGGCUGCUUUCAAUUUUUUAUUACAAAUUUAGAAGUUAUGAGUAUUGCU